GGCGUUGCCAAACAACUUUCGAUUUGUUUCUGUCGCUUGUGAAAUACUUUUUUGAUCGGGGUCUGAUCAGUUGAUAGUUUACUUAUGCUUUAUACAGAUUUCUCUACAGUAAAGGUCGAAGUCAAGCUGAAUAUGUCCGUGCGAAAAGAAUCAACAAAUCAAGAUAUUAAAAAAAUGGAACACAAGAAACCUGAAGUUAAUGACGACAAGAUACUAAUGAACUCCAUAACACAAGAAGAAAACACGGGCUCUGAUAUCAACAGCAAAUCCAAUCAUGUUGAUACUGAGAUAGGUACCCAAGUAUUUAACACAAAAUGUCACGCAACUGGUGAGGAAUGUCAAACAUCUGAUAAUAAAAAGGAUUCAUGUGCGGAAAAAAGUAACGAUAAGGAUGAUAUGAUAAAUAAAGUGAAAAUACACAAUGAUUCAAACAAAAGUGAGGACGACACAGAUAAAGAACAGAAAUCUGCUCUUAUCAAGGUUACAGAGGGGGAUAGUGAGGGAAAAAAUCAAGGUACGAAAGAUAUCGAACCAGUUGAUGUAGAAAAUAAAAAUAUAAAGGAAUCCAGCUUAGAUGGUGGUAAAGGAGAUACAAGACAACUAAGUUUUAUGAGUGCUGAACCAAAUGACGAUACUGACGAUAAAUAUAAACAAAAGAUUGAGACAGCUUGUAAUUCAGAGACAGUUUCGACGCAACAGGUGAACGUAAAGGACGAUAAAGCAAGUGACGGCGCAAAAGCUAAAAAUCCAAAAUAUGUAAAGGCUGAAGUUACCAAAGGCAAUUUUUACAACAAGAUCCAAUACGAACAGAGAGGCAAAAAAAAUAAGCAACAAAAUCAAAAUAGACUAGAGAUAACAGAUGAAAAAAAUAAAAGAGGUCAAAAAGCAAACAAAGGAGCUACUCCAAAUAAAAAAGAUAAUGCAGCAUUGAGAAAAAAAGCACACGAGGCAUAUGAAUUCUUUUGGAGAUCACACUCUCCGUACAGUCAGUGGUAUGAAAGUGAUUUCACUGUCGAUGGGAUCAAAUUUAACUGUGCAGAACAGUAUAUGAUGUACAGCAAAGCAAUAUUAUUUGGGGAUAAACAGACUGCAGAAAAGAUACUCAAUACCUCUGAUCCUCGUAAACAGAAGGAUUUAGGUCGACUUGUGGAAAAUUUUGACAAAAGCGUAUGGGAUGAUAGCUGUUCAGUCAUUGUUGAAUGUGGAAAUAAAGCAAAGUUCUCCCAAAACCAAGAGCUUAAGACAACUAUUCUGAAGACUUUUCCUAAAAUGCUUGUCGAAGCUAGUCCUCAGGACACAAUCUGGGGUAUUGGACUCGACGAAAAGGACCCAAGGGCUUGGGAUUGUAAAAAAUGGAAAGGGCAAAAUUUACUUGGAAAAGCAUUGACCAACGUGAGAGAUGAGUUAAUGAAGGUUGAAACUAGUCAGAAUACUGUAUGUCAAAAUACAGAAACGAAGGAAGAAAGAACGACAGAAAAGAGAAUGAAAAUAGCUGAUUCUGAUACAAAAAAGGUCGAUAAUGAAGAAAAAAGUUUAGCUAAUAACGAUAGAGCAGAAAAGAUAACCGACGUGUGACAAAGAAACCACAAAUGUAUUCCUUAUCUUAUGAAAGCAAUGGAAACUUAGAGAACAAUGGAGAAUUCAGAAUUGAAUUGAGACUUUAUAACGGAAACAGAUUUUGAUUCGUUUGAUUAAAGGAUUCUAUGACAAGACACAUUGAAGAAAGUACAGAAAUAGUUAUUCAGAAAAAGACGUACGACAGAUCUGGAAUAACGAAGGUUUAAAGCAUGUGAAAACAUUGAAACUGAAACAUAAAGCAAUUGAAAUGACAACUUUCACUUCACAGGGUUUACAUUAUAUAAUUGCAGCACUAGAUCCAAUGUUUUCCUGAUCAGCAAUCUUCAAAAAUCUUUAAAUUGUGUUACUUAAUUGUGUUUGUGUAGAAAGAAUCAAGUAUUUUAUAAUUAAUAUUUUGUUAAGCUCAAAGCGAAUGAAUAUCAUAAGUUUGACUGAAAAACAUCGAGAUUCGCGAUCCGUUUUAAUAUCUGAUUGAAAUGCGCUGAAAUGAUAUGAUAUUAUUUUUAUUAUUAACAAUAUUUAUAACUUAAAGUGUUUUGAACAGCGCACGUUUUACAUUCCAAUUUUUAAGAACGAUUUAUUUUUAUUACUUGCUUGGUUUGUAUUUAUGAUUUUUAAUUUAAAAAGUUUUUUUAUCUAUCUGUUUAUCUAAUAACCCUUAAUUAUAGUUUAUCUGUGCCAAAUUUUAAUUUAUAUUAAUUUUUAUGAUCUAACAUAUCAUAUUCCUAAGAGUUUUAUAAAUUUAAAGAUUUUAUACAUGUAUAUUUAUUUUUUAUCACAUUUGAACAUUUUAUUGUGAUAAACAUUGUGUACAACUUUUAAAUAUAGAUCUGUUUGUUUCUGUCUUUAAUAUAUGAAAUAAAGUCUUAAUAGAUA